AUGCUUUUCGGCGAUGAACCUCCAGCGAAAAUUGUUUUCGGCACAACCCUCAAUCGUCCUACGUUUCCUACUGAUAUACAGCAUGAUUGUUUUGGAAAUUAUCAAACACCAUUACGAGGUGUACCAAAUCUUGGGCCAGGUUCCUACGAAAAUGAUGAAAAGACAACAUUUCAAUAUGUACUUGAUCAUCAACCGAUGAGUAAUCGUGGUUAUACAUUCAAUGCACGUACAUCAAAACGAAAUGUUUUUCCUACAAAGAAUGAUGUACCAAGUCCAGAUACAUAUCAAAUGGAUUUAACUAACUUACCGGAAAAGAAACACUCAUUUAAACCAUUCAAUUUCGGUGGUGACCGAUUACCAAGUCUUGCUAAACGUACUAAAAUACCUGGACCAGGUAGUUAUGAAUGUGAUGUUAAACAGAAUCGUCAAGUACAUAUGCGUCAUAGUUUCGGUGGACGUGUUGGUUUAAUACCAGUUGUUAAAACUAAAUGUAUGCCGACAAAUGAAGAUAAAUGUGAAAUCUGUCAAGAAAAACCUAUUGGCGAUUACUAUCAAUAUCGAAAAGAAAUACUUUGUGCUUCUUGUUUUAAUUUCAAUUGGCAAUGGCAAGAAAAAUUUAAAAGAGCAUAUCUUCAAGCCUUUCAAAAAGUUCGUGAUUGUUCGGAUAUACAUGAACAUGGUGGUACGACUGCUCGAGUUCAGUUAGUCGAUGAUCGACGUGUAAAGAAACUUCAACGUAAAGAAGCUUAUUUAAGUCUUUAUUGGCCGUGA